GGAAAGAUGAAAGCAUCCAUCAUCCUCCUGAUUGUGAUCUGUGGACUGACUAAAGCUUUGAUAAUAGAGCAUACCUUUUUGAGUCAACCAAAGAACUGGACUGAUGCUCAGAAUUACUGCCGGACAUAUUAUGAAGAUUUGUCAACCGUCACAAGUCAAGAAGAACAAGACAUGCUUUUGCAGCUGUCAAGAGGAAACCAAAAUUUAAAAUGGAUUGGGCUCUACAGGCACAUACGACGCAAUAGCAACUGGAUGUGGUCUGAUGGAAAUUCAGUCUCCUUCACUGACUGGGACAAUGGCCAGCCUAAUAAUGUGAAUGGAAGUCAGUACUGUGUCGCAACUAACAUCAAGUGGAAUGAUUAUUACUGUAAUUAUUUGUUGCCUUUCUUCUGUUUUAAAACCAAAUUCAUCCUGGUGAAAGAGAAGAUGACAUGGGAGGAAGCGCUGCAGUACUGCAGGACUCACCACACUGAUCUGGCCAGCAUCACCACUGAGAGACAAUUACAGCUGACAAAAAAUAAGACAAGAGAAUCUCAGACAGAAAGCGUGUGGACAGGCCUGCGUUACCUGGUUGGUCAGUGGUUCUGGAUCAACAAUGAACCUAUGGGGAUUCAGACUUCACUGCCAGAGUGCCCAACUAAGCCCUGUCAUUGUGGAGCCCGUAACACUGAAACUGACAGAUGGGAGAACAGAGACUGUGACGAGAAGCUCAACUUCCUCUGCAACUGAACAAGAAGAAGACUGGCCACGAUGAAGAUGAUUCUGAAUGGGAACUACUAAACUAUUAUAUUAUAUUUACAUAUAGUAUAUAGUAUAUUAAUCACUAUUUUAACUAAUGGGAAUAUACUGAGUAAAUUAGAGUAGUUUCUCUUAUCCAAUUUACAUACUGAAUUUCCUGCUGUAUCUACAAAAGGCGAAAGUUAAAAAAAUUGUGUACUUUGUUUGUCUCAGAUAAAUCAUUUUUCAAUUAAGUUAACUAAAGUUAUUGUUCAUGUAUUGAGUUCACGUUGCUCUGAAGGCCUGCAGGCAAUUCCAAUAUUGUACUCAUUUAUUUGUUUUGUUGCUCAGUCUUUAGCAGUCUAUUUUUAUAAUGGACAACACAGAAAAUGCAUGAGUGCUCAAAGGGAAAGACAGUCUGAAAUAUUUCCCACUGGGCCACAAAGGCAAAGU